AUGGUCAAGCUCCAGAAAUUCGCUAUGAGCUGGAUGCUCAAAUUGGUUGGGAAAUAUCGUUCCCGGAGGUCGCUUUGGUUGAGCGGCUGUUCAGCUUGGAGAUCCUCGUUGGACCUCAGCUCCGACAACGUCCAAACCCUGGACUGGCUCAUCGCCCUGUUCAACCUCCAGUUCAAAGACGACCGGUUCCUGGCCCGGACCGCUGGGGUUACGUUCCGCAACCCCAGCGCCAGAACAGGUCGAGCGGGCAAAAAGGGCACCGCCAUCACGCUUUUCACAACCGACAAUGUCAAGCAAGCUCGUGACCUCGUUUCCGCUCUGCAGGAGUCGAAACAAAGUAUCGAUCCUCGUCUUGCAGAAAUGGCUCGCUAUUCGGGAGGCGGUGGCGGUGGUGGCCGUUAA